GCCGGUCCGUUGAUCGGAACCACGGAGAGGCACGCGCUCAGACGCGCGCGGAGAAGCAGCAAGUCAACGUCGGUAUAACUGUCACCAAAGUUUAGACCCACAGCCUGAAGCCGUGACAACCCCCCCCCCGCAUCAUUAGCUGGGCUUCCAUCAUCAUGGCUUCCAAAACCAAAUGGGAGGUGUUAAAGGGCCGUGUAACCAAAAGCCCUUCUUCAGACGCAGACGCCAUGCUGGAGGCAAACAUGGAGAACGCCGAACCUGAGCUGUGCAUUCGCUUGCUGCAGGUCCCUACAGAGGUGAACUACUCAGGUUUGAAGCGCCGUCUCGAGUCCAGCAACGAGUCUUGGAUGGUUCAGUUCCUGGAAAUGCAUGGUCUGGAUCUCCUGAUGGAGGCGCUGGAGAAGCUGUCGGGUCGUGGCUGUGCUCGCAUGUCGGACGCUCUGCUGCAGCUCACCUGCGUGGGAUGUGUUCGUGCCAUCAUGAACUCCUCCUCAGGGCUUCACUUCAUCCUGGACAACCAGAUUCAUAUCAGGAACCUGAUUCAGGCUCUGGACACGUCUAACCUGAUGGUAAAGAAGCAGGUGUUUGAGCUGCUGACGGCGCUCUCUCUCUUCCACCCUCGGGGAUGGGAGCUGACUCUGGAUGCCUUCAGCCACUACAAGAGCCUGAAGUUGCAGCAGUACCGCUUCAGCGUGAUUGUGAAUGAGCUUCAGGCCACUGACAAUGUGCCAUACAUGGUGACACUGAUGACCAUGGUCAACGUGCUCCUGUUGGAACAAGAGGAGCUGCUCAGCAGGAACAGACUGCGGCAAGAAUUCAUCGGUCUGCAGCUGUUGGAUCUGCUCCACAGAAUGAGGGAGACGGAGGAUGUGGAUCUGAACAUCCAAUGUGAUGAUUUUCAAGAUUCUAUGGCAGAGGAUGAGGAGGAGAUGGAAAAGCUGUAUGGAGGGAUUGACAUGAGCAGCCAUGAGCAGGUCUUCACUUCACUUUUAGCUAAGGUGUCCACCAAUCCGUCUGGCGUCCACCUGCUGUCCAUGCUUCAGGCCCUGCUGUUGGUGGAUCCGGAGAGAUGCGACAUAUGGUCGGCCCUGGAGAAUCUGGCUGGACGAGCCACGCUGCUGUCUGACGAGUCUCCAUCCGAUUCUGCAGCCUCUGUCCUGGAAAGGCUCCUCCCUCAAAAGCCCUCUUCAGCCAAUCACAGGGUCCAAACAAUGGACAGGGCGAUUCAGGCCCAGCUGCAGGGCCCCCUUCCUGCUGCUGACCCCACAUCAUCACCCUUACCUGGCACAGGUGCUCCUCCCCCUCCUCCUCCACCACCCUUACCUGGCACAGGUGCUCCUCCCCCACCUCCCCCUCCUCCCCCACCACCCUUACCUGGCACAGGUGCUCCUCCCCCACCACCCUUACCUGGCACAGGUGCUCCUCUCCCUCCUCCUCCACCACCCUUACCUGGCACAGGUGCUCCUCCCCCUCCCCCUCCUUUACCCGGCAUGACUCCCCCUCCCCCACCACCCUUACCUGGCACAGGUGCCUCUCCUCCACUGCCUCCUCCCCCUCCAACGUCGGGGACCAUCAUUACUGCUCGUGAGGCUCACGUUGUUGGCAGCUCGCCUUACUCCCCCUCCUCUCACAUGAGCCCUGUCCCCUGCCCCAGCCUUAGAAUGAAGAAGCUGAACUGGCAGAAACUUCCGCCUAGGGUGGUGACAGAUCAUCAGUCUUUGUGGACUUUGGAUCCUUCAGAGUUUGUGGAGCCAGAUUACUGCAGCAUUGAGCAACUUUUCAGCUUCCCUCCGACUGAGACCAAAACCAGAACCAAAACCAAAACUGAGCCCAAACAGAUUUCCUUCAUCGAUGCCAAGAAAAGCCUGAGCCUCAACAUCUUCCUCAAGCAGUUCAAAUGCUCCCAUGUGGAGUUUGUGUCCAUGAUCCAGAGAGGAGACAGAUCCAUGUUCGAUGUGGAAGUCCUGAAACAGCUGAAAAAACUGCUUCCAGAGAAACAUGAGGUGGAAAACCUGAAGUCUCACCAGGCGGACAAGGACAGGAUGGCAACUGUGGACCAGUUUUACCUGCAGCUGCUGGAAGUCCCAAAUUACAAGCUAAGGGUGGAAUGCAUGCUGCUGUGUGAGGAAAGUGGCUCUGUGUUGGAAACGCUGAGACCCAAAGCUGAACUGCUGGACCGAGCCUGCAAGAGUGUGAGGGAGAGCACCCGGCUGCCCAGCUUCUGUAAGCUCAUCCUCAGUGUUGGAAACUUUCUUAACUACGGAACUCACACUGGGAAUGCCGAAGGUUUUAAGAUCAGCACUCUGCUAAAACUGACAGAAACCAAAGCCAGUCAGUCCAGGAUCACGCUGCUGCAUCAUAUCCUGGAGGAGGUGGAAAAAAACCAUCCUGACCUGCUGCACCUGCCUGAAGACUUGGAGCUGUGUGAAAAGGCUGCUGGAGUGAACACAGAGGCCAUCGAGGCUGAAGCAAACAACCUCAUCACUCGGCUGAAAAAUUCCCAGAACGACGUAUCUUCUUCCUCUGAAGAUAUAAAGGAGCAGUACUUGUCCAUUAUCCAGGACAGUCUGAGGGCGUGCCAGCAGCUUCAGCAGGUGUUGUCCUCAAUAGAGGGCAGGAAGCGUGACCUGGCUGACUACCUGUGUGAGGACGGCAGCAGGUUUUCCUUGGAUGACCUCUUUGGCACCAUUCGGACCUUCAGGGGUCAGUUCAUCCAAGCCAUUAAGGAUAAUGAAAAUCGAAGAGAGCAGGAGAAGAAGAGGAAGAAACGAGAAGAGGAGAGAAAACUCAAAGGAGAACCAACCAACCAGAUCAUUAGGAGGGAUGUGGAUAGGCAGGACGAAGGCUGCAUUGUUGAUAACCUGCUGGCUGAGAUCAGGAAAGGUUACAGCCUGAAGAAGACCAGAUCAGGAAGCAGAAGAAGCGGCAGAUUCCAGGGACGUCCCACUGUAAGGAGGAUGACAGAUGUUCCUGAUCCUAUAAGGGAAUCUUGUGAGUCCAUACAGACACUUGAGGUCUCCGCAGAUCCAGAGCCAAGAUUACCUAAACCUGGCAAAGAACAGGACCAGUCUGACACCUCCACCCAACCCCAGAUGCCCUCAGAGAAGCUCCUGGUUUCCACAGAUACAAAACCUGAAUCUGCAGAAUCCAACAAAGAUCCUUCAAGUGCCGAGAAUUUUUGUGCAGCUGUCGCUGCUGCUGCUGCUGAGACAGAGGAGGAUCAGAGCCAGGACAAAGCCCAGGUCUCUGAGGCUAAUUUGGGUUCUGACACCGUAACAAGAGGUCCUGCUGUACGGGAGGAAGUCCAGCUCAGCACAGAGGAAGGAAUCAAAAGACAACACUCCAACUCAGAAGAGUCAACACAGGAGGAUGACUACGAGCUGAUCGCCUCCUUAGAAGUGCCAAGCACCAAAGAGGACCAGACCGGCAGUCCAGGACCUUCAAAGACAUUAAAGGCUAAAUCAGGAGCAAAGGUUCGGGGCAAACAUUCAAAAAGAAAGACCUGCGUUCUUCAGUGAUUCACAGGUCAGAGGAGGGGAAAUUGUGUCCUUGGCAACACAACUGAUUGUAAAGAAAUGUGCAAAAUAAAAAGUGAUGCUCCUAAACAACAGAAAAAAUUGCUGUUUUUAAUUCACCAAGGAGUAGUUUCAGACAGUGGAAGGGAGCAAAGCUUUGUAUUAUUGUGUUUGUCUCUCUCUCUCUUUUUUUUACACCGUUUUACUAUUAGUAUUCUGCAU